GUGCGUUCGCAUCCCUUGGGACGCUAUUGUUGAACUUUGCCGUCAAAUCAACCUAUCCGAAAACUCAGGAAGAGUACAUUAGGUGACAGUAACACAGAAUCUGCUUUUCCACUUAUACGCGUAUCAUUUGCAUUAGAUAUUGGAAACAGCGCGUGUAUGUCGAACAAUUGCGUUACAUUUUAAUUGCGGGUUUCAUGUGUAAACACUGGUUAUAUUAAAAUAUUGCCACUUCCUGUUUUAAAUAGGUGAUAUGGACUCAUCUGUUAUUGAAAAGUUCUGCAAUAUUACUGGGGUUUCCGAGACAGAAGCUGAACACUACUUGGAAGCCUUUAAUGGGGAUUGUGAUGAAGCUAUUAAAGCCUUUUUUGACUCAGAGGAUGCAACACACUCGGACAGUCCUAUACAUGGCGAAGAAACUGUGCAACCAGUCGAGGAUACCUGCAGGCACGAAAAUGUGACGUCGUUUAGCAAAUCCUCAUCAGCUAACAAACCUAAAAUCACAACCUUCAGCACUCUCGCAAAUAAGAGUGAUGAUGAGUCAGACGAAAGGCAAGCAUUUUAUGUUGGUGGUUCAGAAACUGGAGGAGGUGGUCAACAAGUUCUUGGUCCUCCAGGACGUGAUCGUAAAAUCGUUCCUGACCCUUCACAAUCUCCUGAUGUGUUUGUUCGCAAUCUUUUCCAAGCUGCUAAAGGUAAAGGAGCAGAAGUGUUAGAUGCAACCAAAUAUGAUGAACUGAAGAGUAAAUCCAGUAGACGGUUACCUUUCAGUGGAGCUGGCUAUAAAUUAGGUGAUGAUCCUAAUGCUACACCGCAGUUAGAGUCAACUGCUUCUUGUGCUCCUAGCUCAAGCAGCGUCUCUGAACAGAAUGUUGUUGUAAAAAUGUGGCGUGAUGGCUUCAGUCUAGACAGUGGACCGUUGCGUUCUUAUACUGACCCAGAAGCUUCUGAAUUUUUCAAUGCUAUACAAAGUGGGCAGAUCCCUCAAGAACUUUUAAGAUCUGCCGGUGGAGGCAUGGUUAAUGUCAUGCUUGAAGAUCAUCAUCAUGAAGAAUGGCAUGCUCCUCCUACUCCUAAGGUUAAACCUUUCGCUGGUACAGGCCAAAUGCUUGGUUUUCCACUUCCUCAAAUGAUUUCAACUGAACCAAAAGUCACUGAGAAAGCUGAAAUAAAAAAAUCAUCCCCUGUUAGCGUGGACGACUCUAAGCCAGUCACACAGAUACAAAUUCGUUUGCCUGAUGGAUCAAGAAUCGUAGUUCGAUUAAAUAAUACUCACACGGUUGGCGAUAUCAGACGGGCAGUUGUCAGUGAAAGACCAGAGUUGGCAUAUAAAACAUUCUCAUUGAUGACGUCAUAUCCAAGUCGUGAGUUAACUGAAGAUAAUCAAACCCUAGAAGAUGGCAGUCUUCUCAAUUCAACACUUUUAAUUCGAUUCAUAUAAAUGAUGGUAAUGUGCGUAUGUGUCGAUGGGUGUGUGUUUUGUCAUCGGCUACAUACAACCGUCACUCUGUACAUUAUUAUCAUCAUAUAUAUAUAUAUGUGUGUGUGUGAAUAGAUUUUUCUAUUGGAAAACAGAUAUGACAACAAUGAAGACUGAAAGAAAAAUUUUUGCAACCCAACUUUUUUUAUCAUACUGUGCCUGUUAUCCAAUGUGUGUGUGUAAUAGUUUAUUUUGAAAUAUUAUAUGAAGAGGAUGUGAGGGGAGGGGUUACUGCCUCAAUGUAAUAUAUAAUUUUAUGAUAUUGUUACAUGGUAGUUUGGUUUUUUUUAUAAAAAAAAGACAAUGACAUUUUAUCCUAAAGAGAGAGAUUUAAAAUGUUAUUAAAGUUUGUUUUUAGUUUCCUCUUUACCUUUGGUUUACUCCUCUGUUUUAUGUGUUUGUGUGCGUCAAUUUUAAAUGCACACAUCAGUUUUUCCAAAGAAAUAUAUAAAGACUGCAUUCAAGCAUAGUUAGAGAUGAAUUGGAGUUGAAUAUUUCAGUGUCGUUCUUUCUUGUCUCAUUUCGGUGUGCUAUAGAUGGGAGUUUUAUUUGUUAGUGUUAUCGAUGAAGUGAUUUCUCUUUCCUGAUACA